CGUUAUUCGUUCCUCCGUUUAUACUAACCUCUCGUUAUACGUUACCCGCGUUUAUUCAAACGUAUCAUUGUCCGUUCCUACGUUUAUACAAAUGUUUCGUUUUCCGUUCUUACGUUUAUACAAACGUUUCAUUAUCCAUUCCUCCGUUUCUACAAACCUCACAUUAGCCGUUCCGCUCAUUGUACACAUCUCACGUUAUUCGUUCCUCCGUUUAUACUAACCUCUCGUUAUACGUUACAUCACGUUAUUCAUUCCUACGUUUAUUCGAACCUAACUUUUAUCGGUCCUUCGUUUAUUCGUACGGGUCGCUACACACUAUUACUUUUGGUGCAAGUGUGCGUUUCUACGUAACCUCCGUUCGGCACAAGUCGUGGCACCCGAUGAUGAUCAACAUGUGUUUGAAAAUAUAUGUGUAUGUAUGAGUUGGGUGAUAGAUAAAAUCCAAACCAACACAGACACAAACUUUUGCUGGCUGACGCCGAUAUACAGUAUCCUGUUGUAGAAUGAUUCAGCAAUAUUAUUAUAAAGACGAAAAACGGAAAGAAAAGGCUUUCCUUCUUUGCUGUGGCAUCGUAACGUGAUCCUUAAAAUGGAUGGAAGACGCUCCGUUAAAAUGGAUCCAAUUUCUCCAAGUCCUUGUUUGGAUAUCAGUGAUGAUGAACUCGUGACGAUAUCAGUACGUGAUUUAAAUCGUCAACUUAAAUUACGUGGAUUGUCCCGUGAUGAAAUCGUACGCAUGAAACAACGUAGAAGAACAUUAAAAAAUCGUGGCUACGCUGCAAGUUGUCGUACUAAAAGACUCGAGCAAAAAGACGAAUUAGAGACCGAAAAAACCCAAGAGAUUCGUGAUAUGGAAUUGAUGCAAGAGAAUAAUGAGUUAAUGCGAACAGAAAUUCAGUCUUGGCAUGCUAAAUAUUUAGCAUUAAAAAAAUUUGCCGCUGAAAGGAAAAUUAUUAUUCCUCAUGAAUUAGAAACAAUAUAAUUUUACUUAUCUUGCAAUAUAAUAAUAAUGUAUAAGUUAUUCAUCUCAUAUAUUUACGUAAUUACUCAUCAUUUAAAGUAAAACCUAGUCCAGUUAAAUCAUAAACUUAAAACUAUAAUUAAACCACAUGCUUUAAAGGUAAACGGGCGUAAAUUUAUGUAAUAAAUUUAAAUAUAAUAAACGUUUUAUUAAAAAUA